AUGGACUUCAAGAGAGAAGUACCUGCCAUAUGUAAAGGUCCAAUCAUGGUACGUCAUAAAAAACAGUAUAACACUAUGGGCAUGGUAGAUAAUAAGCAAAAUGUCAAGGUAAAAGAAGAGGAAGAUGAAAAUAUUAAUACGAAAGAGAAAAGGAAGCAAAAUAAAGCUGAAGGUGGUAAGAAAGCAGAGGAGAAGCAAAAUUCCUCGAAGAGGAAGAUGAAUAAGAACAAGGAGGAGAAAGAGAAGAAAACGAGAGUUGUUGAUAAAAAGGAUGAUGAGGAGAAGGAGAGGGAGGAUCGGAGGAAAAGAAAGGAAAAUGAGAAGAAGAUUAAGUCACAUAUGGAAGGAAAGGAGGAGAAUAAGAAUGAGAAAGAAGAACAAGGGCAGCAAGAAAUUGAGAAAGAGAAAGGAGAGGAACAAAAGGAGAUAAAUAAGCAGAAGGGAAGGAAGAAAAAUGAUAAAGAGGAAGAGGAUUUGAAGGAAAGGCAUGAGAAGGACCAGAAUGGCAAAAAAAAUUGCCCUCACUUCUUUAGGGCGCUCAUAUCCUAUUCAUUUAUGGAACACGUGACCAUUCCAGUAGGAUUCCACAAAUACUUGGAAGAUUGUACAGGAAUGGUUUCCCUGAGAGGUCCAAGCGGGAAUAAAUGGCCCGUAGAGCUGGCUAAAAUCUCUGGGGAGCUACGCUUUGCACGUGGAUGGAAGGAGUUCCUCUCCGACAAUCGCAUCGGGUAUGGCUACAUGCUGGUAUUCCGUUACGAGGGGCAGUCACAGUUCUCAGUGAUCAUUUUCUUGCCAUCGUCCUGCGAGGAUCCCUAUGCGUCUCUCGCCCAGCCGCAGCGCAAGGAUGUCGACGUGGCUGGAGAGGAAGAGAAAGGGCUCAUGAGCACCAAUGCAGAUGGUACUGCCCCUCAAGAAGAAGACGCUCACACUGGCACCAGUGUAGAUGGUACACCACAAAAUGAAGCUUCAGAAGAAGAAGAUGCUUCAGAAGAUGAAGAGGCAGAGGAAGUUGAAGACGCAUUAUCAGAAACUGCAGAGAACGAGGAAGACGGUGAAUGUCACAUGUGCAGCGACGAUGCAUUAGAACCAGCGCAACAACAACAGGAGGAUCUACGCAAGACCGACGAUGGUUUUGUGGUCGGGAAGAGGGCUAGGUUUAGGAAGGUUGAUGAUAUCAUGGCAGAAGUGGACCGAUCCAAGAAGUCCAAGACUGUGGAGAGGAAGAACUCUGAAGGUCCAUCUGGUGAUCUAGGUUCUGGGGGAGCAGCAUCAAGCGAUAGUUUGGCAGAAUCGGAGCAUCGUCCACCCAAGAAGUCCAAGGCUGAGGAGAUAAGGUCUGCAUCUGGCGAUUCACCUUCUAAGGCGGCAGCAUCAAGCGACAAUUUUGCAGAGUUGGACAGUCGUCCAUCCAAGGAGUCCAAGGCCGAGGGUAAAAGCUUUGCUGGUCCUUUAAUUGUUUGUACCAGUUCUUCUAGUUCAUCAUCCAAAAGAGUUCCCCUCAAAAAAUCUUCGGAAGAAACAAUAUCAAGUGACAAUUUGGCAGUUCAUACAGGUGUAUUCGCACCAGAAUCUGUGUGCACGGACUUAACCAUGUGGCACAAUUCUUUUGGUAAAAGGCUUAGUAAGCAGAAUCAAUUCCCAAUGUUCAACAAGAGCAAUGGUGAAAACCAACCUGGCAGAGUUCUCAUCAAGGUUAUGAGAAGGCUGGGAUUAACAUCACAGAGGCGUCCAGUAACUCAAAGGGAGAAGGAAUGUGCCAUGGAGAGGGCGCAGAGGUUCAAAUCCGAGAGGCCCUUCGCCAUCAAGGCAAUGAAGCACAACGAUGUCUAUGCCUCGUACUUCAUGAUCAUCCCGGACAAGUUUGUGAAAACAUUCCUCCCCAAAGAGAGUAGGAAGAUGACGCUGUGGGACCCGCAGGCAAAGCCGUGGAAGGUGUGGUACGAGUACACCGGCGGUGAGUGUCCUCGCGCGGCGUUCAGUGCCGGGUGGGGGGCGCUCGCCAUGGAGAACAACCUGGAGAAGUGGGACGUGUGCGUGUUCGAGCUCCUGGACCAGGAAUACAAUAUCAAGCUGCACGUCCACAAGGUCGUGAUGAUGAUCACUCCCUGCAUCCUCGCCCCAAAACCUCGCACAAACGAGCGAUAA